ACGGCACUGUCAUACGGGAACAAAAACUUACAAAUGGUUGACGCAAUGGCUGCAAGCAGUGGCGGAGUAGAUUGGUCCCUCGUUUUAAAACCCUUUCUUUCGCUGAAUUACGAGAGUUCCAACACCACAGAGCUGAUAGAGCUGUGUUCUACGAUAGUGAAAAGCGAGUCAGAGAUUUGGAGGCACAAGGAGAGCCAUAAGAAUUUUUAUAACACGUUCGCGGUGUUAGCUGCGGAUUAUAUCAGCAGCAGCACUUCAAAGUUGUCUGGUAGUCAACUGGAAACAGCUAGUGCCGCUUGUCGCGUGUUGCUAAAAUAUUUAUUAAAUGCUCUUCAAAGUGCGAGUAGUGAACAGUACCAGGACAGUGCCGCGAUAGAACGUUAUCUAAAUGCGAUUCGCGUCUUAUGUAUCGGUACUGGUUUGCUUUCUACUAAAGAAGUUUCCAGCUUAGUGGACACCAUGAAAGGGGAGAACCCUCCGCAGCAGGCCAACGCCGGUUCAACGGGCAACGAAAAAGACGCUACCAGCAAGCAAGAGAGUUCAAAGAACCGACCCGACCUGAAUGUCAUCAUAUUUGAGAGGCUCACCUUGCCCAUACGCGAGGGUCCGUUCGCCAGUCAAGAGCCGUCGACGAGUCCCCAGACAGGCCUGCCGCCAAUAUCUUUGGACAGUGAUCCAAGCGCUGAAAUAAAUCGAUUGUUUCUCAGAGCAAACACGGAGAGUCUACAGUCGCUACGAGCGGGCGACACUCUCAUUGAUCUGUGCCUGAACCUACCGGCAAUAAAAAAAUCGAAAAUCAAAGUGGAAGAGGCCCUGGCUGGCAGAUCUUUCAGUAUACCGUCGACGCACUCGGAAGCUCUAGCCCAUCGCAAUGCCCUUUCGCAAACCGUGUCCGAAAUCGCGCUGGCGAUGUCGGCACUUAACUUACCCGUCCUCGAACCACUCAGCUCGUCGAAACUAGACAAACUGUGCAGCCUGGCGAUGGCCGCGCUGCACUGUGCAGUCGCACAGGCUGCCUCCAGCGCGUGUUUGUCCGGCACAUUCGCCGUGUCACCUAAAUCGACCGGCCAACCGCCCCAAACGGCCAAUUUUAAAGAAGAAGACCUCGACGCGAAUUCCGUCAAGUUGGUGGAAGAAUCUCUGAACAUGUACACGUACGUGGGCGGCAUCGUCAAGGGUUCGACCCGUGCCGGUGGCCACGUAUACCAAAACUACCUGUUAGCGGGGGCGUGGGUGCUCGUCACGGGUCUUCAGACCCACCUGACGCAAAUAACUACCGCCACCACGUCAGAGAAGGCGUCCCAUUCGGCGAGGGAACAUCGCGAGUCGACCGACAAAGGGCGCAGCCCUAGCAAGCAGCAGACGCGCGAAUCGAGCGCUUCCGGAACUUCGGGGGCCCGCUCGGGGCUCCAGAAAUUCCAGCAAAGUUUCGGCGUUCUGUCGGUGGCUCUCGCUUCUAAGGCACUCACACUGCUCUCGGAAUUGUUCGACGAUCUAGCCCUAGAGGUCUGCGGGGGCGCCGCGGGCAGCAUAGUGCAGGUCGAGCCGGCCCCGCUGGCGAUAAUGGGCCAGUUUACGGCCCUCCAAAGGGUAGCUAGGGUGCUGAGCGCCGCCCCUCUCAACCAUUUACUGUUCUAUCUGGCGAUCGUCAGUUAUAGGAAAGCGUGCUCCUUGAAACGUCUUAUACCCACCGAAGGCGAGUUUAGUCAUUCCGAUUCGACCGCCUAUUACGACGACAUGAUAAUGGGCAGCGAGGAGGAAUCCACAGACGAAGACGACGACAGCGAACCUAUACUGGGGCAGUGGUUUGAGGAAACGUUGGCACCACCGGAACCAGUUGAAUCCAAAACGCCAUCCACGUCGGAGAACUUGGAGUCGAAAUCGAAUAACCAGUCGAAUCGGGGCCCCUCUAUUGUACCGGAGAAGGGGGAGGUCGACAGUUACAUAUCCCUGUCGACAAGCAUUUUUCACUUUUUAAACAAGCACUUUUUGUGCUCCAAAAGCACACUCGUCGCGCGGUACGUUAAAAACGGCCUCACGGAACAACAGAUGAUCAUACUGGCGGCCCUCAUCAGGGAUUUGGACCGGGAAUGGGCUCGAUCGGACUUCGGCAACCAGUACGGCGAGUUCUCGAACGCGCUGAUGAAAUUCACCCACAAUUUGAUAACCAGCAACAAUUUAACGCCCCUACAAGCGUGCUUGUUAAAUCAUCUGGGCGUUUCCCCGUGGAACACCGACGUACCGCACGCGUGGCCCCUUCAGGUGUACCCCAGAACCCUCACCGUCCUCGCUCAGGUGCUCUUGCUAAGGCCGCAGAACGAGAAGGAGGCCUCCGUUAUAAGCAUUUGGCAUCGCUUGGUCAACACGUUAAUCGAGAAUGUUCUUAAUUCACCUCAAACCGUUACGGAAUUUGAAGCCGAAGACUUAAACGUGGAGCAUGCUGAGGUGCUCCUCUACCUCUUCCACUCGCUCAAUUUGAUGCAGAAAAAGUCCGUAGUGCUCCUCAUGGCUGGCGGAGUCUUGCGCUGCUCCGAAAUAGCUCGCAGCCCAUUGAAAGAGUCGCAACUGCUUAACCUGUCCAGACUUUUGUUGCUCUUCGACUAUAUCAUGAAACAUCUGUACGAUGUGCCCACGUCCCUCCUGGAGAAGAUUCAGCGCAACUUGUUCGAUUUGACCAACCUGAACGGCGACGUCAGAGAGAACAACAACUCGUCGGUGUGGAAGGAGGUCGAGGAACCCUACAGAAAGCUCAUAUCCGAACGAAACGCCACGCCGAAAUUUUACAGACUGUCCAACUUGGAGGUGAACAACCAGGACGCGCCCAAACUGGACGGAUUGGCCUGCAACUUUAUCUUGGGCACUCCCGACAAGCUUCGCUAUCCCCUAUUGCUGGACGCUCUGAUCGAACUACUGAACGUCGUCCACGGUAUCACCGCGGGAUCGGCGUCCAAAAUGUCCGUCCUGGGUCUGUGCGCCACGCAAUACUGCUUCAGCAUUUGCUGGCGGCUGCUGCAGCUGCUGCCGCCGUCGAUACCGUAUAUGGAACGAUUAGCUACCGGCGAAUUGCUGGCGCCCGGGCCCCUGCUCGUCCAUUCGUUGAUUUGGGGCCCCCGCGCCUCCGGCAAGAAUUUCACCAGGUGGCUGAAGGACUGUCUCGUCAAGCAGGGCAUGUACACGCAAAAUACGGACAAGUUACUGAAGGCCGUUUCCGAUACUGUAAACAACGUCGAAUACGACGCGGUCAACGCGAAGAAUUGCAUCGUCGCCCUUACCCCGGAUGUCGGCAAAGGUCUCGUCGCGCAAGACUCGAUUCCGCCUCUGUGGCAGCUCAUUUUGCUCGACGUGCUCGUCGCGAAAAUUGAAAUCGAAGUCGCCGCUGAAGAGUCCUCCGACGCCGACUCGUCGUCGGUCGUAUCCGUCUCGGAAAAGAGUUGCAUCCAGGACCUGGUGCCACACGUGCUGAAGCUCGCCCAGGCGGUGUUGCAGUGCACCAGGUCGUCGAUGUUUUAUUUGACACUGAACCCGGACGAUCCCGAGAAAGUUCCUCCGCGAGACCCCGAAUCCGUAAACGACGUUAUCGCAAUCAUGUCCAGCGACAACCCUCUAAUCGGCACUUUAGCAAGCGAGAUCGAGGCCCUGUUGCCCCCCUCCAACAACGUAGCAUUCGCGUUGUCCCUGUGGCGCUGCUCGCGUUUAGAGGAUGUGUUUUCGACUCAGUACGCGAACGACACCAUUCCCUCGGAGAGCUACAUAUUGAAGAUAAUCGAAGUGCACGUGUCUUCGCUGUCCGCAGGACUCGCGUUCCGCAUCGAUUUGUCCUUAAAAAAGACCCUGGAGAAUCUGGUAAAGUUUAUCGUCGCGCACGCGCCCAAAAUUGAGAAUACCGACACGAAAAAUAAAGCGAUCGAGAUGCUGGUCUCGAUCACAUGCGACGCUCGCACCGAGUUCCUGUACAAUAUCGCAACCAAAGCGCUGGACAAGAUGAUCGGCGAUCCGGAGACCGACGAGCGCCAAAAACGCGUCUACAUGCGAAUUCUCGACCACACUUAUAACCUCCUGAUGAAUUACACGUCGUCGGUCGAGCCGCAGGAUCCCCUGGACGAGAAAAUAUUGCACAGUUGCCUGAAGUUCUACGAAAAAAUUAUCGAGAAAGCUUCGGGACGUCAAGCGCUCGAGUCUUUCUUCACCGGCGACAAGGAUCUGGUCAAAGUGCUCAUGUCCGUGUCCAGCCCGAAAAUGUCGCAACAGUACAGCACCCGCGUCCUUCACUUCUUCAAUAAACUGUUCCAGGCGGCGGAGAAGAGCUCCACCGACCCAAGUUUGAACUAUUUGUGCUCCAGUAUGGGCAAACUGGCCAAGGUCGAGAGCGGAAAGCUGCAAGCGUGGCUCCGGCAAAUCAUUAUAGGUGCAGGCGAUGUCGACGCGCCGUCGCCGAAGCUCAAGAAACAGUCGAGCAACGCGAGCUCGGAGGACAAGGAACUGCCGCUGCCCGCGAGCGAAGAUAAAAAGUCGGUCGUGCAGGAAAACAGCCAGCUGCUGCAGGCGUUGACCAGUUUUAUCGUCAAGCAGAACAGCAACGUUACCGAGGACGUGUCGACGACCAUACUGAAAGCGCUUAUACCUUUGGGCGGUCACAUCUUAAGCCCCGCCCUCGAGGGCGUCGGCUUCGUCGAACUCAUGAACGUAAUGACGAUGCUGGCUGACGCGAGGUCGGGCAAGGGCCACGCCCACCUUUUCUCGGCUGCCACACAAUGGGUGGAGCUUUGCAUGAAACACGUCACUGCCCAAGAUGUGGCGCAGAAGAUCGCGUCGGAUCCCGAGUCGAUGAAGAACAACCCGAUACUCAACAGCGCGUCCUGCAUCCUCGAUUACAUAAGCGACGUGAUUCUUUCGAUAACGGAGCAGCCGCCGCGAUCGGUGAGCCCGCAAUGGGAGCACGAGAGUCCGCUUGACCUUGAACUGGAGUGUCAAGAGGAAGUCAACGAGGAUGAGGAUAGCGGCGAAGACUCGGACGAGGAUUCGCUGUGCAACAAGCUGUGCACGUUCACCAUCACCCAGAAGGAGUUUAUGAAUCAGCACUGGUACCAUUGCCACACGUGUAAGAUGCUCGAAGGCGUGGGGGUGUGUUCGAUUUGCGCGAGGGUCUGCCACAAGGGUCACGACUUGAGCUACGCGAAGUACGGCAACUUUUUCUGCGACUGCGGCGCCAAAGCGGACGGCACAUGUCAGGCUUUGGUUAAGCGAAGUCCCCAAGCCGACGGAGGCGGCAAAACGCAGAAAGACGAUCCCGGUAUCGAAGACCGCGCCAUCGGCGCCACGCUGAGGCGGCGCAACAGUUCACCGAUCUCGAACGACAGGGUGUUGUUCGACGAGAAACGCGGCGAGCAUCAAAAGAAGAAACUGGAAGAGUCCAAAGCGUUCCUGCUGUCGUUUCUCAGCUCCAGUAGCGUAACCGCGAGCCUGCUCGAGUUUCUGCAGGGCCUGAUCCCGGCCAUAGAAGCCACCUGCAACGUGAACAGUCCCGUCGGUUGUCACGCGAGGGGCGUUAAAGCUCUGGAACAGUUGUACGGCGCCGAGAAGAAGUACGAGCACACCGACCAACUGAUGGUACCCACUUUGGGCUCGCAAGAGGGCGCCUUCGAAAACGUGCGGAUGUCUUACGCGGGCGAUCAGGGGCAGACGAUCAGGCAACUGUUGUCCGCCCACAUUAUCCGCCGGGUAGCUAUGUGUUGUAUGACGUCCACCCAAGGCAAGAGGCAGCAUUUAGCCGUUUCCCACGAGAAAGGCAAGAUCACCGUCCUCCAAUUGUCCGCUCUCUUGAAGCAGGCCGAUUCCGCAACGCGUAAACUCACCUUGACGCGUCUGAGCAGUUCGCCGAUACCGUUCACGGUGCUCUCUAUGACGAGCAACCUCUGCAACGAGGACUUCCUGGCCGUGUGCGGCCUGAAGGAUUGCCACGUGCUGACGUUCAACAGCAACGGCCAGGUCACCGACCAUUUGGUGCUCCACCCGCAGCUAGAAACGGGCAAUUUCAUCAUCAAGGCGCUGUGGUUGCCCGGCUCGCAGAACACGCUCGCCCUGGUCACCGCCGAUUUCGUGAAAAUCUUCGACCUUAGCCGCGACGCCACCAAUCCGCAGUAUCAUUUCCUGGUGCCUAGCGGAAAGAUCAGGGACUGCACAUUCAUGUACGACGACGGCACGUACCACAUUAUGCUGAUGUCUUCGCCGGGCCACAUAUACACGGAAGUGUUGAACGAUGACAGUUCUACGAAAUACGGCAGCUUUUAUGUCACGAAUACCCUCGAGGUAUUCCACCUGGACGUGACCGACGUUAACGGGCAAGUGGCCGGCGGUGGCGUCUCCAUCUACUACUCCCACACCCUGAUGCUACUGUUCUACAGUUACGCGCAGGGUAAAAGCUUCAUUUCACCGAUAGUGCCGAAAAGUAGUUCCCUGUCGUUGGUGUUCCCGAUCACGCUGCCCCAGACCCCGAACGGGAGCGGUUCGAAGAGCAACAGCUCGCGGACACCCGCGCCGCAACCCUUAUGCCAAUGGACGGAGAUACCGAACCACCCGGGGCUGAUAUGCUGCGCGAUGCAGUCGAGCAAUCAGCCGGUCGUGAUCAUGCUCAAGCCCGACACCGUGUUGAUACAGGAGAUCAAGGUGGUACCGGCGAAGAGCAAAAUAAUGGAUAUGGUCGCUAUAAGGCACAGUUCCGGUAACGAUCUGCGCACCACGCUGAUAUUGCUGUGCGAGGACGGCAGCCUCAAGAUGUUCAUCGCGAACAUGGAACAGACCGGUUUUUGGAUGUCGUCGAAUAUUCAGGCGACCGUUCCAGUCGGCUCCGCCCACAAGCCGAAAAAGAAGAAGGUCGUCAAGUCGGGCAAGGCGUCCGCCGCUCCCGUGUUCCCCGUGGACUUUUUCGAGCACUGUACCGCGAUGAACGACGUCGAGUUCGGCGGCAACGAUCUGCUUCAGAUUUACAACGCCGCCCAGCUGAAGCACCGCCUGAACACCACCGGACUCUACGUGGUGUGCAACAAGGCCCAAUUCCAGAUCGACGUGACGAACAACGACUCGAACAUGGUCAUGUGCGGCAUCCGCGUUUUGGUUGGCACGCAGGACCCGCAAAAGGCGCCGUCCUACGUCGAGGUAUUCGGACGGGUAAUAUCGUUUAACGUGACGAGGAGCCGAUGGUACGACGUCCCAUUCUCACGCGAGGAAAGUUUGAGAGCCGACAAAAAAUUGACGAUCGUGUUCGGUCCGUGCCAAGACCCCGAGCUCAUGACGAUGGUGGACAGCGUAAAAGUGUACGGCAAAACGAAAGACGCGUUCGGCUGGCCGGAGGACAACGAGGACGUCACCGGCGGCUCGGCGAACACGUCGGCCAGCAAUCCGCCCAGCACCGGAACCAGCGAGAUCGAUCAACAGCCCGGCAGUCCGCAACAGCUCACCAAACUCGAACGUCUAACGAUGGACGUGUUCAAGAGUUUAGACUCGGCGCUGUAUCUUUACGCAUGCGAGGAGCGCUUUUCCAAACUCAAACCCACCGCGCUGAAGUUGGCAACGCGUCUACUGACGUUACCCACACCUCCCUCCAUUCAGGUGCACUCCAAGGCGUUAAUGUUGACGCUGCACCCCACCAAACAGCAGUACCACGCCUACAAGGACCAGGCGUUGUUGGAACACGUGCUGGCGGAUUUAACCUCUAUGACCGACCGGACGGACGCCGUGGACCUCGAUGCCGAAAGCUACUAUCGCCUGGUGCUGAUAGUGCGCGGUAUCGCGGUCUCCAGACCGCAGAACCUAGUAAAAUUCGCCGACGGCUGCGCCUCCAUUCAGGAUAUCGUCGUCGACGACCCGUUGGAAGCAAGCAAAGACAUCGCUACAAAGAGUAAGCAUCUACUGCUGCAGCUCGUCGAGGUGCUGUGGCUGCUGCACAAACUGAAUCCCGAGAUCGCCUGUCUCGCGCCCGUGGUCGUACCCGGUUUAAAGUACACCGAACAGGUGAUCCACGCUCUGGUGGAGAUCAUCCACGCGUUCAACUCGUCCGAAGCGUACGCGAACGUCACCAUAGGUCUUUACUUGCAGCUGCUGCUGUGCAGCGACCCCGUGAUCGCGUUCAGCGCGAAACAGGCAUUGUGCAAGGUCCUCAAACCGAGGGUGAAACGGCGCAGGGUGUAUAUCCCGUCGCCGGUGCGAUCCGAGAGCCCCGUGAAACCGACCAAGCCGUCGACGGCACAUCAGGUCAUCGAUCCUCCCGCGCGCGAAAUCGUCAGACCGCAGCCCGUCGUGCCGAUGGCGUUCGACGUAGACGUGGCGGAAGCGAUAAGCUUGCUCGAACAACCGCAGGACAAUCACAACGUGAAUCCGUUGGAGGCGUUGCUCGGGGGCGGCGGCGGCGUAGGGUACCCGCCUCUCCUGGACAUUCCGCCCGACGCCGACGACGAAACCAUCGUCGAGCUGGCCAUAGCCCUGAGCCUGCAAGACCAGGAGAUGGGUAACGAUCAAAAUCAGCAGCUGCAGCUGCAGCAGCUUGAAGCGGAGCUGAGGGUCGCCGGGCAGGCGGCUGCGCAGGCACAGCAGGAAGCCGCGAAUUUCAGCGACACCACCGCCUCAGCCGCCGGAUCGGAUGACGAAGGGUCCACCGCGGCGACGGACGGUUCCACGCUGCGGACUUCCCCCGCGGAGCAGGGCGGCAGCGCAGGAUCCGAAAGCGGAGGCAGCGGCGUGGACAGCAUCACCGGCGAGCACAACGUGUCCGGCCGGUCUUCGGCCUACGGGGAUGACGCCACGGUCCGCGCCAACGAAACGCCCGCGGGGACAUCGUCCGCCGCCGUGCAGGAGUCCGCUUGUCGACCGGCGCAGGAGCGGGAAGCCGACGCUGUUCGGCAGGCCGACGAGCAGGAAUCGGACGGCGAGAACAGCCCCAAAUUGCAAGCGUUGCGGCUGCAGCUGCUCGAGAAGCUGAUCGAGUACCUGCCGAAGUUAAAGAAGGCCGAAGGCGUCCGAACGGUGCCAUUUUUCCAGGUGGUGCUGCAACUAACCGGCGAUUUGGAUGGCCAAUCCGAGCGCGACCGCAACUGUCUCAAUUCGUUACUGCAAGCCAUCUACGAGGAACUUCAAUUCGAUCGGGACGCCGGCCAAACCAUAUGCGUGAGGUCGAAGACCGGCGAGGUCCACCUGCUGUUCCUCAAAUUGAUUUCCAAUUUACUGCAGAGGAACAAAUCGGCGUCGACCACGAAGACUGGCCCCACCGACAAAGCGAACUUUGUACCGCGUACCGCCGCCACGUCCCUCCACAAGGCGGGCAUCAUUAACUACUGCCUCAAGAUCGCGCAAACGUUGCUCGCCGAUUAUUGGAAGAAGCAGUCGCAAGAAGAAUCAGGUGGCGCGCCCUCUAUCGGCACCUUAUUAAAGCCUCACUUGGCCCGCCCCCUGCCCGACAUGAUGCCGUUUUUCCCCAAGGCGCACCUGAAAGAGAACUCCACCGACAUAUUCGCCAAUUACACGCACCUGCUCACCGAAAUCGUCCUCAGGCUGCCCUACCAGGUGCAGCGAUUGUCCGACGUCGUCGAAUCCGUCACCGUCUCAUUCGACGGGCCGUGGUACAAGUACCUCUGCGAGUACAUGAUGGCGUCGCUUCCGCCGGCGUCGCGACGCAACGCCCGCAAACUCCUGCUCUACAUCUGCGGCAACAAGGAGAAAUACAGACAGCUGCGGGACCUGCACACCCUCAAGACCCACAUCAGGGGCGUGAAGCGGUGCUGCGCGACCGGCGGCUACCAGCAGGACACAGACUUGCAGCACGCGCUCGGCCUACCGUACGACUCGUUGGUCGAACUGGUCGAGCAUCUAAAGGCCUGCCAGGACAUCGCGUUGUUUCGCACGGGUAACUGGCAGCGGUUCUGCAUGCACACCGACGACGUGCUCGCCUUUUUGCUCCGGGUCAGCUUCCUGCUGGACGACGGCGUCGCGCCGACCAUCCUGCAGCUUCUCGCCAGCGCUCUCGUCGUCAACGCGAAUCAGCCCAAAAAGACGGACGGGAGCGGCAAAAGCGGCGCCCGAAAGGAGCGCGAGAAAUCCGACGAUUCUGGGGUGGAGGCGUUGUUCGAGGAGUCCAACUGCGUCGCCCUCGUCGAGCAGAUCAAUCGGCAGGUUUCGAAAGAGAUCCUCGCGCGUUUCGUGAAAACUUUCACGCUGGAAAAUAACACGACGACGGUCAGGUGGCAAGCGCACGGUCUGGUGCUCGCCGUCUACAAAAACUCGAAACCCAGCGAGCAGGAAACUCUGCUCCAGCUGCUGUGGCAGCUGUGGCCCCUGUUGCCCGCUUACGGCAAAAAAGCCGCGCAGUUCGUCGACCUGUUGGGUUAUUUUUCGCUCAAGUACACCGAGAAGAAGGAGGGCGCGGGCAAGAUCGACGAGUACGUCGAGAAGGCGGUCGCGGUGCUCAGGGCGCAGAACGAGAUGCUCGCGCAUCACGCGAACGCUAGCCUCUACGCGCACAUGUCUCAGUUCGUCGACCUCGACGGUUACUACUUGGAAUCGGAACCGUGUCUCGUGUGCAAUAACCCCGAGGUGCCGUUCUCGUCGAUUAAGCUGUCGUCGGUGAAGGUGGACUCGAAGUUUACCACCACCACCCAAAUCGUCAAGCUCUUGAGCAGUCACAUAAUCAGCAAGAUCACCGUGCGCAUCGGAGAUCUGAAAAAAACCAAGAUGGUGCGCACGGUCAACAUUUAUUACAACAACCGGACGGUACAGGCGGUGGUCGAGCUGAAAAACAAGCCCGCCCUCUGGCACAAGGCGAAGAAGGUGACGCUGCAGUCGGGCCAGACGGAAGUGAAGAUCGAGUUCCCGUUGCCGAUAGUCGCGUGCAAUUUGAUGAUCGAGUACGCCGAUUUCUACGAGAACAUCCAAGCGAGCUCCGAGACGCUCCAGUGCCCGAGGUGCAGCGCGUCUGUGCCCGCGAAUCCGGGCGUCUGCGCCAAUUGCGGCGAGAACGUGUUCCAAUGUCACAAGUGUCGCGCGAUCAACUACGACGAGAAGGAUCCGUUCCUUUGUCACGCGUGCGGCUUUUGCAAGUACGCCAAGUUCGAUUUUACGCUGCAGGCGAAGCCCUGCUGCGCGGUAGAACCGAUCGAGAACGACGAGGACCGCAAAAAGACCGUCUCCGCUAUUAACACACUGCUCGAAAAGGCCGAUCGUCUCUACAAGCAACUCAUCGCCAACAAACCGACCCUCGAGUCCCUCGUGCUGAAAAUAACCGAACACAGGACCGACAAAAAAGCGGAGGAGGCCGUUCCGGGGACCGCUGCGCAGAACGCCGUCGGCGCCGCCCAAAUGUCGCAAGUGAAGGUGAACAAGACGAUCCAGAUGCUCGCCCAGCAGUACUGCACUGAGUGCAAGACGUCGUUCGAGGAGCUAAGCAAGAUCAUACAGAAGGUGCUCGCGUCCCGCAAGGAACUGGUCAUGUACGAGCGGAAACACCACGACAUGGACCUGCCGGAGUCGACGUCGGUGUUUGACGAUCUGAACGUCGCCGCGACGGUGCCGUGCGUCGCGAAUAAAUGCUACGGAUGCGCGACGGCCGCGACCGAACACUGUCUCACCCUGCUCCGCGCCCUGGCUUUGAACAAAACGACCAGGCAGACUCUGUGCUCGUACGGACUGAUCCAGGAACUGGUUUGGAACAACCUGCGCAAGGGCAACGUCCACAACCAGGAAGACGUGCGACUUUUGCUCUGCACUCUGACCAGGGACAACCCGGAGGCGACGGAAGACCUGUGCGACCUCCUCAUGCGGCACAUCACGAACAGCUUGGACGGUCACAUCAACGGCACCGACUUGGGCGCCAAUAUCCGGCACGAGAUAGCGCUGCUGGCCGCCAUGGUGCAGAAGGAGGACGACUGCUGGGAGCUGAAGCUCAGCUGCAUGAUGAGUCUGUUUUUGAAGGCGUGCGAGGAUUCGAGGAGCCCGUUGGUGAUGGAGUCGGUCAUUUUGCCAUGCUUGAAGAUCAUACAGAGCUUGAUAAAGGUAUCGGGCGCCGCUACCGCCGGAUCGAAGAAAUCCUCCAAGGACAAGGACAAAGGUGGCAAAACGGCGCCCGUCAAGUCGGCACCCCCGAAAGCUCCGGUUGAGGUGCGCAAAUUCCUGAACAAAGAUUCCGCCCAUUCGUUCGACGGGUGGAAAUCGAGGGUAGCGAAAAAGUGCGAAGCGAAAACCGUGCCCGGAAAUAAGGCGGAAGUACGGAAGCUGUACCUGACAGAAAAGUACGCGAGGAAGUGGUGCAGGGGUCGUGCGAAAGACCGCCCACCGUUAAGCGCCGUCUCAUGGCUGGAAACUGUACUUUUCAACGCGAGUUCUAGGCAAGCACGGACCGUCGCCUGCAGCAUCAUCGAGGUUAUGUGCGACGAUUACGAACGGAAGAAGCAGGUCAUCACGUUGCUGACCUGCUUUUUGUCAAAGCUGAGCGAGGCGGGAGAAAGUGCCGCCGAAUUUUUGACUCUGUAUCAGAAUCUGAUCCGGGAGGUGCCGUGGAAGCAAUAUCUAACGGUCAAGGGUCUGCUCUUGGUGCUAGCCAACUUGAUGACGCUCGAGAUAGAGCAGCUCCACCGCCUCGAGGCGACUACUCUGACCUCGGACCUGGCCCAGGGCUACGCCUUGAACCAGCUAACGGAGCUGCUAGCGUCGUUCCUCGAAGAUCAAACAAUUCGUAGACAGUACAAAGGAAGACUGGUGGGGGCGGUUCUCAACGGGUAUUUGUCUUUGAGGCGCCUGGUCGUUCAACGGACCAGGCUAAUAGACGACACCCAAGAGAAGCUCCUAGAACUGCUGGAAGAGAUGACCACCGGCACGGAAGAAGAAACCAAAGCUUUUAUGUCAGUCUGCAUCGAGACAGUCGAGCGGUACAGCCUCCAAGACAUCUUGACGCCCGUGUUCAUAUUCGAGAGGUUGUGUUCAAUCAUCUACCCAGAAGAGAACGACAUUGGCGAGUUCUUCCUCACCCUAGAGAAAGAUCCGCAGCAAGAAGAUUUUCUCCAGGGUCGGAUGCUCGGAAAUCCUUAUUCAAGCACGGAAGCGGGUCUGGGGCCGUUGAUGAGGAACGUCAAGAACAAGAUCUGCCAGGAUUGCGAACUGGUCGCUCUGCUAGAGGACGACAACGGCAUGGAGUUGCUCGUAAACAAUAAGAUAAUGAGCCUAGACUUGCCCGUCAAGGACGUCUAUAAAAAGGUGUGGCUCGCGGAGGGCGGCGACCACGAGGCCAUGAGGGUUGUGUACCGCAUGCGCGGCCUCCUAGGUGACGCCACCGAGGAAUUCAUAGAGACCCUGGACAACAAAGGUCAAAACGCUGUCGACAACGAGGAGGUGUUCAAGAUGGCCAACGUGCUCGCGGAGUGUGGCGGCCUUAAGGUCAUGGUGACCCGUCUGGGAUCGAUUCAAAACGUGUGGCGGGCCAAGCCGCUGCUCCAGGUGCUCCUAAAGCUGUUCCGUCUCAGCAUCAAGGUCAACAAGUGUCAGGAGGAGCUCAUCGAGCCGGAACUGAGGGCCAUGGAGGUGUUUCUACGGAUCCUUCAGCUGUGCUUGGAGAAAGACACCGAUGCCACGCAGCCGGCGGUCGUCGAACAGCUGCUCGACAUCAUGGAGGCGCUGCUGUCGAAAGCGACCGCUAAACCGCUCGAGCGUUUCGAGCAACUUUCGGUGACUUUCGGCGGUCCCGAAUACGUCAAGUCAUUGCUGUCGUUCACCACGCAUCCGACCAUUAAAAACAACGCGUCGGUGCUCGAGCACCUGACGAGGGUGUUGGCCGCCCUGGUCUACGGGAACAACGACAAAAUGGAGAUCCUGUUGAGUCACUUUAGGGCGGUGCUCGAGUUUAACGUGUACGAUUUCGAGCACACGCCGGAAGACCAGCAGCGGCUCGAGAUGUUCUGCAUGCUCACUAACAGCAUCGAAAGGAACGCGAUCGGCAACACCCUGAAGGACUACAUAUUGUCCCUGAACAUAGUGAAGGACGCGCUCGAGUACAUCACUAUGCACGCGCCCUGCGUCAAACCCACCCUGCUCAGGACUGACAGCGACGAAUUGAAAGAUUUUAUAUCGAAACCGGCGUUGAAGUAUAUCUUAAGGUUCUUGACCGGUCUGGCUCAUAGCCACGAAAACACCCAGCUGGAGAUCGCCAAGGCGGACACCAUACCGAUCGUCCACCGUUUGGAGCAGGUUUCAUCCGACGAGCACGUCGGAUCGCUGGCGGAGAACCUUCUGGAAGCGUUGUGCACCAAUCCGACGGUAGCCGAACAGAUCGAGCAAGUCCGAGAGUUCACCAGGUCGGAAAAGAAGAGGCUAGCGAUGGCGAUGCGGGAGAAGCAGCUCGGCCAGCUGGGAAUGAGGACCAACGACAAGGGACAGGUGACCGCGAAAUCGACGAUCUUGCAGCAGAUGGAGGAGCUGGGCGAGGAGUCGGGUCUCGUAUGUUGCAUAUGUCGCGAGGGCUACAAGUACCAGCCGACCAAGGUGCUCGGCAUCUAUACGUUCACGAAACGCUGCAAUAUCGAGGAAUUCGAGACCAAGCAGCGCAAGACGGUCGGCUACUCGACGGUCACCCACUUUAAUGUCGUCCACAUCGACUGCCACAUGAGCGCCGUGCGUCUGGCGCGCGCCAGAGACGAGUGGGAGAGCGCUGCGCUGCAAAACGCCAACACCAAAUGCAACGGGCUGUUGCCGCUGUGGGGCCCCCAAGUGCCCGAAUCCGCGUUCGCGAGCUGUCUCGCGCGCCAUAACACUUAUUUGCAGGAGAGCACCAAUCACAGGGACAUCGGCCACAGCUCGACGAUCCACGACCUGAAACUAUUGCUGCUCAGAUUCGCGCAGGAAAAACCAUUCCACGAGGACACGGGCGGCGGCGGUCCGCAGAGCAACCUCCACAUGGUACCGUACCUGAUCCACGUGGGUCUGUAUGUGAUUAACACAACCAGGGUGUACUCGCGAGAGUCCGCCACGUUGGCUUCGUACACGACUGGCGAGCUGACCGUCGAGUCCGCGUACGUCGCAGAAGGUCCCCUUUACAUGGCCACCAUGGCGUUGUUCCUUAAGAGCAGGACCGAAUGGAACAAAGACAAGCUCGCCCACCUCACGCGGCUUAUUGUCACCGCGCACGCGCGCAACACGCAGCCCAGCGGUCCGGGCACCGGGUUGACAGACAAAACGAUCAAGGACUACAGCGUCUACAAGCCGUACCUGGUGUUCUUCGGCCUUAUCGACGGGAUUUACGAGUUCUUCUUCAAGGACGUCGAAGGCGAACAAGACCAGUGGCCCAACAAUUUGGCCGACUAUAUACGUCACAACGACGAAGCGUUGAUGAGGGCGUCCGAAAACCUACUAGGCUACUAUAACCAGGACUUGCUUCCGUGCGCUUCUCUGGACGAGUUUUUCGACGUCGUCCGUCUGUUAGACGCGGUCCAGAACGACCCGGAGGACUACCUAGGUACGGUCUUAAACCGUGUAAAAUAAAUUGUAAAGAAAAUUCACAAAAGGCUGUUUUUAAUAUAUUUUAUGCUUGCUGAUAGUCGAAUCAAAUUUACUCUGUUGUACUAAAUUAAUGUAUCUACCUAUAAAUUAAAUCUUAU